UCUCGCGAAAUGUAUCGUUGUCGCUGCACGUGUGUUUAUUUCCGAUACUCCCGUCGUGGUCGCAUGCGUCGGUAAUUAUGAUGAACGUAAAAUUCAGUGAGCGUUCGAAAUCGCGUGUCUUCUGACGCAAUGAAAAAAACAUCAACAAAGCACACAGGUCCUCGACACACUCGCGUACGUCGUAUUCCUUCGCGGAGCGUUGACGCAGUCACUCGUCGGUAUUCUGUCCGCUAUUUUCACGCGAGUCCCGCGGAAUUGAUCAUUGUCUCCGCGUGACAAUGUGACAGUGUUCGUUUUUAAUUGACGAUACUCGCGUCGCUAGUGAUUACAAUGAACAUCGUGAAAUUUAAAGAGCGAAGCCUAAUUUAUAUCGAACUCUAUGCUUCCUGUUUUUUUUUCUGACUGAAACCUUAAGUUUUUAGUCAGGAAAAGGUGGAGAAAGGUGGAGAAAAGAUAAGAAGCAAAGAGCAUUUUGUAAUUCAGGCUUGAGCGUCCGAAAUCGCACGUCCUUUGGCGUAACGAAGAAACGUAUCAACGAAGCACGCAGGUCCUCGGCACGUCGUAUUCUUUCGCGGAGCGUUGACAGAGUCAUUCGUCGGUAUUCUGGGUUCGCUAUUUUCACUCAGAAAAAGAGAACAAAAGACAAGAAGCAAAGAGCAUUUUAUAAUUCAGUCUUGAGCGUCCGAAGUCGCACGUCCUUUGGCGUAACGAAGAAACGUAUCAACAAAGCACGCAGGUCCUCGGCACGUCGUAUUCUUUUGCGGAGCGUUGACGGAGUCAUUCGUCGGUACUCUGUCCGCUAUUUCCACGUGAGUGCCGCGGAAUUGAUCAAUGUCUCCGUGUGUGAUAAUAUUCAUUGUUAAUUGACGAUACUCGCGUCGCGGUCGCGUGUGCUAGUGAUCACAACGUUCCACUACAGUUUCCAGAGGAUGCUUGUGCCGGAGGAGCCGGUUCGGGCAGAGCAGGGUUGACUCGACGAUGUCAGAUGUAGUCGACCUUGACUUCCAUCGUUUCGCAACCGAGACCACUACCUCAAGCUGUUCGAAAUGCGGACGCGAUUGAGCUUGAUUCAUUUCUUUGGCUGUCUGCUUUUGAUUGCCGUCGUCGGGACAGCGAACACCUACGCCGAACCGGAACCGAUGGCUCGACCGACCAGACCGAAGGCAAUCGCGAGCCCCGAAGAGCUGGAACGAUACUUUGACCUUGUCAGGGACUAUUACUCCUUGAGGAGGGCAAGAUAUGGCAAGCGCGGCGGUGACGCGGCGCCUCGGAUGUCCGAAUUGAACGCCACUUGGGAGACCCUGAAGACGAUCUUGGACACGCAACGGCAGAAUCAACAGCGCAGGCUGAGCAAGCUCAAACCGAGCAAAGAGCAAGAAGUCGCGUACCGCGAUUAUCACAGCUUGGACGCCGACAGACACGCGUCGCGUGUCGCUACACGACCCGGCUACCUUCUGGACGCAGUCGGCAGAUACUACGACGAUGUACAGUAAAACGGCCCUCGUGUAGUGUCCCUAAUUUCACUGAAAAAAAAAGAAAAAAAAAAGAAAAAUUAUACCAAAGUCCUCCCACUACAUUCCAAGCAAUCGUGAUAUAAGUCCUUCCUUGUCGAUGUUGAAUUGACUUCUUGCUUUGUUUCCUUGUCGCGUGACUUAGCGUUGUGGAUCUAUAUCUAAUUGAAGGAUAAUUACGGUAAUAAAUACGGUAUGUCUGAACAAGACCAAAACUUGCGCAAAGAUAACGGGAGAAAGAGAGAAAGAAAGAGAGAGAGAGAGGAGGAGAGCGAGAGAGAGUGAAUGAGACGAUAGAGACGGGUUUCUGUCGCGAUGAAGAUACGCGAUCUGACGUUCAUGAUCAAAAAACAGCUCUCGGUGUUUAAUCGAUUAUGCUACUAAUUGUGUGAUACGAAUCUAAAUAGUACGUUUGUAACCUUCCUCCUGUAAUAUUGUAUGUAAAUUCCUUUGUUAUCAAAUGGAGCAUAAUAAAAUUAAAUCGAACUUAGAUACACUAACCUCUGACGGUCGACUAAUUAAAAGAAUGACUGCCGUCCGUUUUUGCGGCAUAUUCAGAUACGCGGGCUGUAUCGCUUACUCGCGAUGCAAUCAGGGUGCAUUAUGGAUGAUAUAUUAAUGUAAAUCUCAAAAAUAUAUUUUCACUUCUCGCUGAUAUAAACUAUAUCAUUUUCAAGUGUCGAAAAUUCGAACAGAAUUUGUUUUAAUGCGCGAGACUCAAUAUCGCGGUGAGUGACUCAAGUCUGUUAUCUAAAAAAUCUAUUAUUUAAAGUUUUCACAUUCUACUUGUAAUUAUAAUGAUCAGAAUAAAACCUAAUUCAAGUUUA